AUGGAAAAAUUUCAAAGAGAAUUAACAGAUCAAGCAAUUAAAAAGAUUGUUUCAACAUUAAGAUCAAUUUUAUAUAGAAUAGAAACUAAAGACUGUAAAGAUGUUGUUGGUUUAUUAGAACCAUAUAUGGAUGAAGAAUCUUAUCAAAAUAUUAGAGAGACAUUUUUAAGAUAUCAAGAGAAACAUAGAUUAAAUGAAUUUGCAGAUGAUGAAGAGGAUAUUUUAGAAGAUGAAGAAGAGGAUGAAGAUGAAGAUAAUAUAAAUAAAAAUAUAGAUGAUAACACCACCUCCACCACCAACAAAUGUGGUGUUAAUGGCAUUGAAAAUAUAUCAAAUAAAUAUUUAUUACAAAUUCAAGAUGUUGCAGCAAGAUUGGUUUCAUCAUCAACUGCAUCAGCAUCAACUUCAAAUGGUAGUGGUUCCAAUGGUGAAAGUGGCACCACUCGUUAUAAUAGAAUUGCAGAUAGACAAUCACGUGAAAAUAGCUCACAAAGCUCAAAUGGUGGUGGUGGUGGUGGUAGUGGUGAGAAUGGCACACGUAAAAAGAGAAGAGGUGCUUCAAAGGGAUUCCCAUUGAAUUGGGGUCUCAUCAUGUCAAUGGCCUCAAAUAUCACACUCGAUCAAGUUCAAUCAAUGCUCAAUGUACUCAUUAUGGUUUUAUCUCGUACUCCAAUCAACGUACUCUUCAAACAAUUCCAUGAAUAUAAAUUCAUCAUCUCCUCUGUUUUCGAUCUUUUAAAUGCAAUACUUCGUGGUGAUAUCAAAGAUAUUGGCACUUGUCUCAUCAUUGCUGUCAUUGGUGUCAUUCGUUUCUCUCAACGUAAAAAUUUAACUUUAAUUACAACUUUGGAAGUUGCAAAAUAUCUUUACAAUUCUGGUAACAAAAAGAAGUUUGGUUUAAUCAGAUCUGUUUCAUUGGUUGCUUUCCUUUCCAACCUUUUCAAACUUGUAAAUCCACCACCAGUAACUCCAUUAGAUGUUAUACAAUUAGUUAAAUCCCAAAUUCAAUCAAGAUUAUAA